CGUUACCUAGGAAACCACUCGCGGCAACAUGCCGGUAUUAGACAUAUUUUCUGAGAGUGUUAAAUAUAAAUAUAAAACCAAUGUUUGCUCUGUUGGAACAUUGCUCGUAUUCUUUGCUACAAUAAUAACGUUAUCAGUGCCAAUUAUUAUUAUUCACCUGACUGGAGGAUUCUGGAUCAAGAAUGAUGUUUACACAGAAAUACCAAAGAUUAUGUUCAAACAGAAAUAUCUGCUGCUAGCCGAAAGUAGGGAAGGCAUUGAGCCUAUUACUUGCUCCACCUUCAAUACCUACAAAGAGAACAGGAUCUCAGAUAGUUGCACCGUAACAAAGGUACAAGAACUCGAUGUUAAUAGAGAUGGAUUAAACGACGUUCUGAAAUUUGAAUUGCGAUUCUUUACGGAAUUCCCAGUGCAGAACAUAAGGCUUUUGUUAUUCUUCAACUACGAAUUGAAGGGAAAAAGUAAACUCUCCAUGGAAACAAUGGCUGCCCUCCAUUACACGAUACCCUCAAACGUUCAAAAAAUACUGAUUCUUGGGGAUUUAAAAUUAAAGCAAAAACAUCUGCUACAAAAUGACGUCAUAAAUAAUGUUUAUGAUCAUUCGACAGACAUAAAUAAUCAGUCGUUAUUUCAACUGCUCUCAGACGCUGUGAACCGGAAAUUUGGAGUUAAAAUUGAAAAUGACGGAAUGACGUGGGAGAGCGGAUUUUCCGCGGAAGAAGAGACAGUUGUACAGUUAGAAUUAUUUUAUCAGGAAGAAGUUGUUCACUCUCGCCCCGGAGUAUGGGAAGAAUUGAAAUGGGCUUGGAUCCAAUAUUUCGCUUUUUUUUUUUCAUUCGCCUAUAUAGCGAAACAGGUGACCGGAUGGAUAUUCGUUAACAGAUACGUCCGUAGUUACGUUAUUUCACCAUGGGAAGAGAAAUGACUGAUAUACGCCUAUAUGGACAUCGAAUAGAUAAGAAUUAUGGACGUAUAAGUGUCAGAAGUUAAUACGUAUCAAGGUACGACCGAAAAUUUGCACGUAUAUGCGGGUUCACGGUCAUCUGCCAAAAUGUAAUAACAGAUAUCAUGGCUAAUAAAUGUUCUAUAUAUUUA